ACUCCGGGAUCCAUUUCCCCCUCUGCCCCAACACGUCAGUUCAGUUCCAUGGGCAUUUUGUGUGGGGCUGGGACCCCUGGCUCACUGCAUGGUAUCACCUGGGACAUGCUGAAUCCUUAAGGUGCCUGCCUAGGGUGUCCCCAUGGCAACGCGGUGGUGGCUCUGUGUGUGCAGCCUGGGGAUCCCCCUCCUGGUGCCGUGUUCUCUUUCUGAGAAGUUCUCCCUAGCUGGCUCCCCACGCCCCGUGGUGGAGGUAGUUGGCCGGGAUGUGGUGUUACCCUGCCAGCUCUCACCCGCGUCCCGGCUGCCCAGCAUGGAAGUGCUGUGGAGGAAAACUGGAUCAGGAUUUAUCCCAGUUCACAAGUACUCGGAUGAGGGUUCUCAGGACCUGCCGGGGGAGGGUUACCAGACCCGGACGGAGCUGUUCCUGCAGGAGUUCAGCAGUGGGAACAUCUCCUUGAAGCUGAAACGGCUCCAAAUGUCAGAUGAUGGGAAAUAUCAGUGUCUUGUGAUGAACCCAGAAUGGACCCAGGAAGCCACCAUUGAGCUACGGGUUGCAGCUGUGGCUCCCGUGUUCAUUGAUGUGCUGGGCCCCCGGGGUCAGGGGAUCGGUCUGGCCUGUAGAUCCACAGGCUGGUUCCCCAAACCUGAACUCCUGUGGGUUGGAGAGAACUGGCAGAACCUAGCAAUGGAGAUUGUGACCAACAUGGUUCAGGACAGAGAGAACCUGUAUGGUGUUGUGAGUCACGUCACUGUCACAAAAGGAGAAAAAAAUGGAGACAUCAGCUGCAUAGUGCGGAAUGGCCUGCUGCAGACUGAGCAGAGAUCUGCCAUUCACCUUUCAGGUGACAUCUUCCCCCGAGUUUCUCCCUGGCUGGCUGCAUUCUGGGUAUUGUUCACUCUGGUUUUCAUUGCUGCUGGAGCUUGUGCAUAUUUUGGAUACACAGCGAAGCGAAAGGCUUCUCAGAAGAAACGCUCUAAAGAGGAGGCUCUGUUACUUUUUGAGAGUGAGAAGAAGACCACGGAAGCAGAGUGCCAGGAGCUGCGUGAGACGAUUGAAGCUUUGAGGAAUGUCUUGGAAUCAGACAAAGCGGUCAGAGAACUAGCUUUCAGGAGGGCUCGGAGCUACAUGGUUCCUGUCACCCUGCAUCCAGAUUGCAAACACCCCGAGCUCACCAUCUCUAAGGAUGGCCGAGGAAUCCAACACGACCCUGCCUCCCUAGGGCCAGCUACCUCUCCUGAGGCCCUGGUUGCUGUGGGGAGGGAGGGGUUUGUGUCUAGGAAGGAUCAUGAUAGGGAGAGAGGAGUUUGCCGGGGGUACUGGGAGGUGGAGGUGGGGAACAGCCUGGACUGGAAGCUGGGAGUGCUGAGUGAGACUGUGAGGGACAGAGUGAGACAGGAGAGGUUGGAGAGACUCCCUGAGGGGGGGUUCUGGGCUCUGGGGAGAUCUGAGGGGCUGUAUUACCCCAGGGAGGCCAACACUAUGAUCCAGAACUUGGGUGUGAGGCCGACAGUGAUUGGGGUGUAUCUGGAUCUAGAAAGGGAGAGUCUCUCAUUCUAUAGUGUCAAUUCAAUGGCCCUUAUCCUGGAGAUUCCUGUGGAAGGUUCUGAGAAAUUGUUCCCAUUCCUCAGCAUUGGUCACGCUGCGGGGCAGGACCAGGGGAAACCCCUCAGUAUCUGCCCCCUCAGUGACUGGGAUUUCCCCCAGAAAUUAAGAGUUAGUGGGUCUGUUAGUCAGGGAGAUUCCAGAGUCCCUGCACAGACUCCUGCCGUGAAUGAGGGAGAAGGGGAAAAAAACAACACAGGACCUGCCGUAGGAAAAACAGCCCCAUCGCCUGGACAGCACCCAGCCCCUGGAGACAAGGAAGUGGAAAAAAAACAGGGCAAGGUCAUCUGUGAGAGAAUAUUUCCAAAACCUCCUGUCCAUGAAAUGGAGGAUGGGGGAUAAAACAGAGCAGGAGCAUCAACCACUGGAAACACCCCCUGGACAAAAGGGGAAAAAGAACAGCCAAAACCCCCACGUCUGAAACCCA